UCGUCAUAACACACAGGGAACCACUGCUGGUAAUCGGAGGCGGGUCGGGAUGGACGUACGCUGCUGCAGGCUACAGGUCCAGGCUCCAGUAUGGCGACUUCUACCCAGGCCCAGCAUGUUUAUAGAUUAUUUUCUAGGUGUGGAGAAAGUCCUUUGGCCACUGACACUGAUAACUAUGGCCUCCUCUCUCGAAUUGUGGGUGGUACAGUAGCAAAAAAGUUGACACACCCAUGGAUAGUGUCUCUAAAACGGGAUGCAAAACACUUCUGUGGAGGGACCAUUAUCAGCAACAAAUAUGUCAUUACAGCUGCGCACUGCGUAUCUGACCGAAACGUUGAAGCUACUGUAAUAGUGUGUAUUGGAGACCACGAUUUCUCUGUUGACGAAUCCACUGAAAGGUUCUUCCACAUAAAGAAGGUCACCAAACACCCCAACUUCAACCCAAGUCAGCCGAUCAACUAUGAUAUUGCAGUGCUGGAGCUGGCAAGAAGCAUCAAGUUUGAUGAGAAGAUCCAACCAGCUUGCCUACCAAACCCAGAUGACAUAUUUGCAGCAGGUUCUUUGUGUGUUGCCCUUGGGUGGGGACGACUGCAAGAAAAUGGCCAGUUGCCUACCAGACUCCAGCAGGUAGCAUUACCUCUCGUUGAAUACAAGAGGUGUCUACAUGCCAUGGAAACGUUGGAUGGGCGCUUGGUGUUUGACACUGUGGUAUGCGCAGGAUUUCCAGAAGGUGGAAAGGAUGCAUGUCAGGGUGACUCUGGAGGUCCGUUCCUCUGCCAGCGGAGUCACGGGAGGUGGGUUCUGGUUGGCGUGACCUCCUGGGGUAUGGGCUGUGCCCGUAAAUGGGACAACAAUUUGAUGCAGGUGCCAGGAAAGAGAGGGUCGCCGGCUGUCUUCACGGAUAUUCAGAGACUUCUUCAUUGGGUCACUACAAACCUCAAAUAUGAACAACCGACUCUGACCCCAUAUCAAGUGCAUUGCAGCGUGAAUAGUGGAUUCCUGCGGGGAACUGCCGGACAGAUAAUACUACCAGCUGCCCCCCAAAAAUAUUAUUUAAACAACGAGAACUGUAGAUGGAUGAUUAUUGUCCCUCAAGGAAAACAUAUUCUACUGACCUUCACUCGCUUCAACCUGGAGUGGGAUUACUCUUGUGACCUAGACUACCUGGCGAUAUAUUCCAAGGAAAUCCAUCUCAUUGGAAAGUUCUGCGGCAACGUCCCCCCUCGGCCCAUUCUCGUCUCUAACUCGGACAUCUCCCUGAAAUUCAUCUCGGAUUUCCAGGAAUACAGGACUGGAUUUGCUCUAUCUUAUUUGGCAGUAGAACCAAACUUUUAUCCAGAUUCUGCCUGUGGAUCAGUUGCAGUUAUCUUUGAAGAAGGAGAAAUUCAAUCUAUGAACCACCCACAGAAGUACACUAGGAAUGCGAAUUGUCAUUGGGUUGUCUAUUCCCCAAAGACUCACACCAUAAAGAUCACUUUUUUGGUGUUUGAAGUUGAGCCGAGUAAUGGAUGCAUCUUUGAUCGUGUUGUUGUGUAUCAUAAUGUGGCAGGAACCGUGGUGGCAGGAAAGUUCUGUGGAUUCGCACUGCCUGCUCCGGUUCUGAGUACCUCCAAUGUCAUGCAGAUAAAAUUCACCUCUGACACAGCUGGCAACUACAUCGGGUUUCGAGCGGUUAUUUCGUUUGUACCAAUAUCUACUUCUAUUAGGAAGAAGACACUUGGGAGAGGAUAUAGUCGACCACGAAAUACCCAGGCUGCAAUGGAAACCUAUGACAAGGUUUGUGGAGCUGCCCCAGUGCCCCCCAGAUUCAUCCAUCGCAGCAUAUCGGAAGCAGAAGAGGCUAUUCCUAAUUCCUGGCCUUGGCAAGUUAGCAUAAAUUGUGGCGGUACACACGUAUGCAGUGGAGCAAUUAUUUCAGAAAGGUUUGUCCUUACAUCUGCCAGCUGUGUCACAGAAAGAAAUGAGAUUCAUGAUGUGUGCUUCGUUAUUGCUGGGCUGCAUGACUUGGAGCGGUCAGAGAAUUCUCAGAAACGUUUAGUAAAGCAAGUUAUUGUGCAUCCUGAGUUUUCCCCACUGUUAAUGGACUUUGACAUCGCCUUGAUUCAACUAGAAGAGGGGUACCGGUUCAGCCCUUAUAUACAGCCCAUAUGUCUCCCCGAGGCACACAGCAUGGUGGAACCAUCCACCCUCUGUGUGGUGUCUGGAUGGGACCUCAAGAGAGACGAGGAGAAGUCUAAGAAGCUCCAGCAGCUGGAGGUGGCGGUUCUCCCGGAUGACAUCUGCAAUGAUUAUUACCCUAACUUUAUUACUGAAAGGAUGUUUUGUGCUGGGACUGCCACAAGCAAAUCCAGUGUUACUUGCCCAGGGCAGCCCGGGGCUCCUUUGGUGUGUCUUUCGGAUGAUCCAGGGAUCUACUUUAUUUUUGGUAUUGUAAGCUGGGGAGUUGGAUGCAAGGAAAAUCCCAAGCCUGGAGUGUACACUAACGUUUCCGUAUUUGUUGAGUGGAUAGAUGAAAUAGUUUUGGCAGACAGUACUUCCCCCAAUGAGCCUGGUUCCACACAAGACAGCUAUGUUACCUGUAAAGAAGACGUGAUGUUCCUGCAGUCACCAGGGGAGCUGAAACUGGUUGUCAGCAGUCAGCACAAAGGUUUCAGGUGCCAACUGAAAAUCCAAGCUCCAAAAGACCACUUCAUAAUUAUACAUUUUAAACAUUUACAUGGGUCUUAUGCACAUAAUUCCCUGGUAAUCUAUGAAGGCGCAUCUAGCAAUGGAACGGUCAAAGCUGAACUCACAAAGGACGAGAUUCCCAUCACUAUAACAUCUGUGGGGCCUUCUCUUAUCAUAGAAGCCACCAAAGCUGAUGCCCCUUCCGAGCUUCGAGUGUGGUUCACUUACACCUUCCACAGCCAGCAUUAAGUCCCGGAUGAAAAACCAGAGCUAAAAAAAUUAAAUGACCCUUGUAAUUAUUUUUAUUUUUACAUAAAUAUGUAUAAAUGUUCUUAAACACAUGAAAAUGUUUAAAUAUUUGAAAUGUUCUGCCUUUAAUAUCAUGAGGGUAUCAUUUUCCCGUUGUACCCCACGGCUCUUGAGUGAUUUUCCAAUAGAGAUCCAUUUAGGGAAUGUUCAAAAAAUUGAGGAGUGUGAAAGCAGAACUACAGAUUUGUAGCUUUGAGCAGUGAUUAUGUAAUAAACACAGACUUAUCUAUGAUAUGUAUUGGUGUACUAUUUUAUGGUGAAAAUACUAAAUAUCAUUGCAAAGAUAAAUAUCAUCUUAACUACAGUGUGCAGUUUGUAGGUUAUACAACUAAAAGUUCGUUUCAGAAUGAUUUCUUAAACCAUGACCAGUAUAAAGUCCUCAACCUGUUGUUAUUAUCAAAUACUUACAAUGUUGACAAUAUAUUAUUAUGGAGAUCUGGAAAAUUGGUAACCAUUUCACAAAUGUUAUGUACUGUACAUGCAGUUGUGUAUCAAGAGUACAGCAAGGAUCCCUUUAUAAUAUACCUUCAUUCCUCCAUCUACCCUCCACCCCUCCCCCCCAUUCUUAUUUUGAUCUUCAAUUCCCCCAUUUAUCCUUGUAAACCAGUGUUUCUCAUGCUUGAGUACAGCUGGUUAUUUCAAAAUAAUGGAGGUACUGAUUAAGUCACCUACGCUCAAGUACGGUUAUACUUAAAACCUGGACUGUUAGAGUGCCUUGAGGUUCGUGGUUGGGAACCCCUGUUCUAAACCCUUUAUUCUCCCUACAUUCCCCAUCAUAUCCUCUCUCCCCCUUCAUUGCCCCAUCUAGCUUCCCCACCUUUUCAUUGCCCCAUCUAGCUUCUUCCUCCACCAUAUUGCCCCAUUUAGCUUCUUCCCCCCUUCAUUCUCCCAUCUAGCUUCUCCGCUUUUUAUUCCCAUAUUUAUCUUAUCUUCCCCUAAUAAAGCCUCACGCCACCUUACAUUACUCCAGCUAACCCCCCUUUAUUUCCCUCAUUAGCCUCUUCUGCCCUCAUUCAUUCCCCCAUCUAGCUUCUUCCUCCUCUUCAUUCUCUCAUCUAGCUUCCGCAUUGCUUCAUUCCCCCAUUGAUCCUCUCCCCCCCCCCCUUCAUCCCCUCAUAUAGUCUCUUUCCACCUUUAAUUCCUCCAUCUAGCAUCUUCUGCCCCAUCCAUUCCCUCAUAUAGCUUCUCCCUGCCCCUUUAUCCCCCCAUCUAUCCUCUCUCUCCCUUCAUUGUCCUAUCCAGCCUUUCAUUUCCCCCUCAUUCCCCAUCUUGCCUCUUAUUUUGCCUUUAUUCCCCCAUCUAGCCUCUCCCUUCCCCUUCAAGACCCCAUCUAGCCUAUACCCUCCCUUUCAUUCCCCCAUCUAGCCUAUCCCCUCCCCUUCAAUUCUUCAUCUAGCCUAUCUCGUUCAUUCCCCUAUCUAGCCUCUCCACCAUUCCCCCAUCUAGCCUUUCCUCUCUCCUUCAUUAUCCCAUAUAUCUUCUCCACCCUUCAUUCUCCCGUUUAGCCUUUCCUCUCUCCUUCAUUAUCUCAUCUAUCCUCUCCCCUUCAUUCCCCCAUCUAGCCGUUCCUCUCACCUUCAUUAUCCCAUCUAUCCUCUCCCCUUCAUUCCACCAUCUAGCCGUUCCUCUCACCUUCAUUAUCCCAUCUAUCCUCUCCCCUUCAUUCCACCAACUAGCCUUUCCUCUCACCUUCAUUAUCCCAUCUAUCUUCUCCACCCUUCGUUCCCCCAACCAGACUCUCCACCCUUCAUUCCCCCAUCUAGCCUUUCCCAUGGCAGCAUGUGUGGGCACCAUUAGUGUGAGGUUACUACAUAAAAAAGAGAGAGCGAUCCCAUAUGUAAGGAGAAGGCUGUUUGAAGUUGUGAAAAAGUAAUUGGUCAUGCAGACAAUAAGAGUAUAGGAUAGUGUUGUAGCAUUAAGUUCAGAAUUAUUAUUCAUUUAAAAACAAAAUAUAUUUUGCAGUCACUGUUUCGCUGUUUAAAGUCUGACAGAUAUUUCUUCUAAAGUUUUUCUGAUCUUAAGCUAUUUUUCAAAUUCUAAUAUUUGACCACAUUAUUCCAAAGUCAACCCCCGAUUGCUUUUUACAGGAACCAGAGACAACCAGCAAUUCUAACUGUAUCUAUCAGAUAUUCAACAGGGUGGAAAGGAAAAUCUGGGCAGCCAGUAACUGAUAUUUGCAGUGUGUGCAGUCAUCAACCAACAGUACCAAUAGGCCCCGUCUGAUUAAUACUAAGUACAGCGGGACCCUUUAAUUUGGUCUCUUAGAUGGGAGAUAAAAUAGGACAUAGCACAUCUUGCCACUAAGGCCAAAGGAGCAGAUCUGCUUGUGUAUGGGAAUUUGAUGGCCAGCAAGUAUUUUACCUAGUUAUUUCAGCUUACCCUGUUCGAGGUGCAGUACAAUCCUGUAGACCACCGUGGAAAACAUAGUCUAUUGUUGGGCAGAAUGGUGGAAGAUAUAUGGUCAACAGGGAAAUAUAAAAAGAUUUAAGGUUAUCCAGAUGAGGGAUAGGCAGUAAAAAGUCAACAGGUCAACACCCGAUGGUUGAUGGUCAAAAUGUCCACAGUGUCAAAAGGUUGGCAUGCAAACGGUCGACACAGAGUUCGGGAGAAGGCGGGGCACUAGGGGGAUGGUUAGGCUGCCAGAGAGGGCAGCUAGAGUCAGGCACUUGGCAGAGGGAUAGGGUUAGGCUGUGGAAGGGGAGGAUUAGGGUAGGGCAUCAGGGGGAGGUUUAGGGUUAUGCACUAGGGGAGGUUAAGGAUUAGGGUUAAAAUAACAAAUGUGUUGACCCUUUGACCCUGUCAUGCAUCUCGGAUGCAGGAUUUGAGGGGGCGCUGAGGAGUUACAGAGGAGCAGGGUUUUGUUUUUUACCGGCAGUGCUGUGCUGCUCCAGUGAGACAGCAGACGGCUCCCGGGCAGUGUCUCUGACCCACCUGUCUGCCCGCAGCUGGCUUUGACGCUGUGCGGGUGAGCUCCAGUACCUGGGAUCUCUCCUACGCCAACCACUGUCUUGAACUCUCUUCUUUGCCAUGCAGUGCUGCGACUAGCGUGCGGUGCACCCUGCAAGCUAUAGAAGCGAGCUGUUGGUUCUGUGUUUUUCAGUAAGCUAUGAUCCCAGCUGCCUGCCCAGCACCAACCGAUAAUAAGCUGCCGACUACACACCAUUGCGAGGACACACUGCCCAGGUUUUUGCUUGUUAACAGGUGCAGUCACUGAUGAUACAGAAAUCAAAGUCUCACUUUGCUAGCUAUCAACUUGACAGUGGAAACCAAAAGCCUGGACAACCGCCAGCUCUCACAGAGUAUCACUACAGCACUACAGCAGCUUUGUGUUGAGUUUAAAGACCGACUUUAUUAUCGGCACCGUGCUCCCAGUUAGCAGUAUCAACCUCCAUUUUGCCUCCCAGAUGAGGGGAUUUGGUGUAGCUUAUAGGGGGAUGUAGUGUAGUGAUGUAGUUUACCAUAUAGGGUAUCUAGUGUAGUGUUGUAGUGCAGUAUAUAGGGGCAUGUAAUGCACCGAUGUGGUGUAGCAUAUAAGGGGAUGUAGUGUAGUGAUGUAGUGUAGCAUAUAGGGUAUGUAGUGCAGUGUAUAGGGGCAUGUAGUUCAGCGUGUGGGGGAUGUAAUAUAGUGACAUUUUUGAUAAGCUGAUUAUUUUAGUCUGACAUGGGGUUGGUUGGUUGGUUGGUUGAUAGUGACGCAGGGGAGAGGUAGCGGGUGAGGAAGUGGGUGAUAGGGAGAGAUAGUGGGAGACAGAGAGGCAGAGGGUGAAGGGAAUAGGCAGGAGUGACAUGAGGAUAGUGGAUGACAAGGAGAUAGUGGGUGGAUGGGCAGUAUGCGUGGGGCAGUUUGGGAGCGGGAGCGAUCAGUGGAGCAGCAGACUCACACAGACAUGUUGGGCUGCUGACACAGGUUGCUGUGCUGGUGCUGUGCCCCUGCUCCCAUGCCCCCUUUUUGACCCAUUGCUUUGUUCCCCCCUCUCUCUCUGCCCCCCGACCUUUCCGACCGCUCUCAGCUUUUGAGGGAUCAAGCUCCAGAAAGCUUGCUAGUAGUUGAAGUUCAUAUGCUUCUCUGGAUAUGAAAAUCAUGGAAAAUUGAUACAGAGAUUCGAGUUCAGAAACAGCCAUCUAGUUAAGUGGCAACUUCAACUAGUGACUGUUUAUAAGUAAAAGCUAGGGUAGCAUAUUCAUGGUGUGCACUGGAGAGUUUCAACUGACUGUAUAGAAGGAAACACCUUGUACAAUAAGUGAACAUUUCAGCCUCGGAGCCUCUCAUUGAUAUCUGCAAGGCUGGGAAAGAUUCAGGUCUCCGGCGGUGGCCUGGGUCCCGGUGUCCCCGCCACCUCUCUAUUCAGAGAGUAUACGGGGUGAGUCUGGUCACUGGGACUCCUGGUUGCUGGGUGCAGGGAGGGGUUGGACUGACUGCUCACUGCUGUUACUACGGAUGCUGCCGUAUGCCCCUUCUACCUGCUUAUUGUGCACAGAAUAAAUAAAAUUAUAAAAAACAUUUCCCUAAAUUACGGGAAAAAAUUAUAAAAAACAUUUCCCUAAAUCAUCGUGCCUUGCCCCCCCCCCCCCUGAAUCCGCCACUACUAGACAUGAUGAUGAUACAGUAACCUGCCGAGCAGCAUAAGCAGCACUUUGAAUAAAUGGUAUUGUGUUCUCUUCACCUGUGUCAGAGGGAACACAUUUGCUGCGUGGGGUUUGGUAUGCUAUCCCAGUCAUCGGGAUGUUGAUGGUCACAUGACCUACACCAGCAACCCGGCACUGAAGAUCCUGUCAGUGGAGGGGAUAAGUAUUCUAUUCCCCCCCCCCCCCCCCCCUUGUGUCUAACCCCCCUGACACCUGGGCCCUAACCCCAAAAGUCUCCCUGAUACUUACCUUCGCGGCUGUGUCUUUCAAAAUUAUUGUUAUAUCCACCCCAAUCAUACAGGCUAUUGUACUGUAAUGUUAUUACUGCCUGUAAAUGACAGGAGGGCACUGGGAGGAGACCUAUUAUGAGAUGCAAAGGCUUGCUAAAUGAUUAUCUCUUCAAAUUACAAAUAUUUUGAUAUAUUCAUAUGUUAAUAUUUAUAGUUGUAGAACAAUUAUUUUCUAGGCACAUUUUAGUAUUAAUGGUUAUGUUAGUAAUGGGAAAAAGAGUAAAUCAAAUUAGCCCCUUACCGUUCAGAUCAUCUGAUUUUCUGUGCAAUAUAUUCAAUGUAUGACUCCUGUAUUUUCUUUUCUUUAAUGGUCUGCUCUCAUAAUCCGUAAAGGUCACACUCACUUUACAAUGUUAUAGCAGGGCACAGAACUGUAAUGACUGUUUUAUCGCUUGUUGCCUAAACCUGUUAUAGCAUGCCUCUGUUAGCCAAGUGUGUUAGCGCGGAUAUAAUUAUAUACACAGUAUUAAACAUGGACAUUUCAUGUAAUGUUUACCUAAACAUAUACAUAUAUAGUAAAGUAAAUAAAAUCAAUGAAUUUCAUAAAUUA